ACAAAACGCUUCUGGGCAUUUGGUUCUUUGGGAUCCUCCUUUCCAACUUGGCCGACCUUUGCAACGACCUGGAACUACAUCAGCACAAUGGCUCCUAAGACCGAGAAGGCUCCUGCCGAAAACAUCCAGCUUGGCCCCAAGGUCCGCGACGGCGAGGUCGUCUUUGGCGUUGCCCACAUCUUCGCCUCCUUCAACGAUACCUUCGUCCACGUCACCGAUCUCUCGGGCAAGGAAACCAUCGUCCGUGUCACUGGCGGCAUGAAGGUCAAGGCCGAUCGCGAUGAGUCCUCCCCCUACGCUGCUAUGCUUGCUGCCCAAGACGUUGCCGUCAAGUGCAAGGAAGUCGGCAUCACUGCUCUGCACAUCAAGCUCCGUGCCACCGGCGGCACCGGCACCAAGACCCCCGGCCCCGGUGCCCAGAGCGCUCUCCGUGCCCUUGCCCGCUCUGGCAUGAAGAUCGGCCGCAUCGAGGACGUCACCCCCGUCCCCACCGACUCUACCCGCAGAAAGGGUGGUCGCCGUGGUCGCCGUCUCUAAGCGAUCUGCGUCGUGUGCUUUCCUCACUCUGGCGUGGGUUUGUUGGGGACUGGACUCUUUGGGUAUAUCUUCAAGCCUAAUGUACAUUUUUGAGGUUUGCCAGUCGCAAUAAAGUCAUGCACAUCGCGCUGCGUGUCUGCCGAGCA